CACCACCACCACUACUACCAAUACUACCAGAAUCGGCCAUCGCCACAAAAUUUGGCCAUUACCUUCACCAACAUCAGACGUAAGUCAGAUUUCCCCACCAACAUCACCGUCAGUCAGUGCCCCUACUAUUACAGCCACCACCACUACCACCUGCCCCACCACCACUACCACUGCUAGCACCACCACCACCUGCACCAACCAUCAGCUACCAGGGCACCUUUUCAUCAUCAAUAUUGCCCUAGUAGCCUCACCAGCCAGGUCCCUCCACCAUUACCAACACCACGGCGACCACCACCAAGAUCUUCAACGACCUGACCUCGGAGGGGGCAGGGUCUUGCGAGCUGACGCAGGUCCAGCACUACAAUGACCUGGCCCGCUCCAAGACCACCAACAUGGAUUCCGGCAAGAGGAACGUCACAGACCACACGGAGAAGAACAAACUCAAGGACUCGACCAAAGAUAAACUUGUCAACAAAGAGACGGACAAGUUCACCAAGAAGGGAGGAGCGGUGGAGAAGAAGGAGACGAAGAAGAGUGACAAGGGCCGGAGGGGAUUGAGUCUUAGCCUCAAGAGAUCCAACUUCUGGAACACCUUACACAACAAGACUCUCGAACUGCCAGAGAGACUUCGCAGGGACGAACGUAAGCUGGUCAGGGUGCCGCGUCUUCAGAUCUGGCUCAGUACAGACCAGCAACCCAAAGAACCUCCCCCUGAGGAACACCAGGUUCUUAAUAACACCAGGGAGCCUCUACCCAAACUGCACCUGGACCAGCCUCGGACCAUCUACCGGAGCGCGAGUGAGGGGACCAAGUGGAAGAUUGUGAUAGAUGGUUCCUCUCCUCCCCUUAGCAGAGAUGGUGCUGGUGCCUCCCAUGACCGCCGUAACGAGAGGCCGAAGAGCCCAGUGGAGAAGCAGCCGACAUGGCCCAUCACCUACUCCCACUUCUUACACCCUCGACCACGACUCACCCACCAAGACAACAUUCAGCAUCUACACCAGCAACAUCAGCAACAACAACAACAACAACAACAACAACAACAACAACAACAGCCGCAACAACCACAGCAACAAAAAGAACAGCAGAAGCAGAACCAGCAAAAGAGUGUGGAGGGAGAACGUCGACGAGGGGAGCUGCCUCGUCAGGACGCUGUGGCUGAAGAAGUGGACGCCAGAGAAACAGACCCGCUCAAGCCAGACGACCAGAACAAAGAUGCACUCGACAUCAUAUCCAUCGCCGAUCCGCCCGCCCCCGCCCACACACCCUCACGACCACUACGCCCACGCCUCCUGAAGACACCGAACUGCUUGGGCGUGGGGAACCUGUGGCCGAGGAGGUUUUCCAUGUCGUCCAGGUCGUGUUCAGAUGACAAGAGCGACGUCUCCGAGGUUGGUGCUGGUGGUGGUGGUGGGUGGGCAAACUUCAAACGCCAG